AUGGAGACAAGCAGGAGCAGCGGCGGCGGCGGCGGCGGCGGCCGCGAGGCUGUCAGCGAGCGCGGCGGCGGCGGCGGCGGCGAUCUCGCGUCCGCGGGGGUCUGCAGGAGGAAGGAGGAGGCCGGGGCCCGGACCCUCGCGGCAGACAUGGACUUGCAUUGUGAUUGUGCUGCCGAAACGCCGGCCGCCGAGCAGCCGUCGGGGAAGAUUAAUAAAGCUGCUUUCAAAUUAUUCAAGAAGAGGAAAUCGGGUGGCACCAUGCCCAGCAUUUUUGGGGUCAAAAACAAAGGGGAUGGGAAAGGCUCGGGUCCGACGGGCAUGGUGAGGAGCCGGACCCACGACGGCUUAGCGGAGGUGGUGGUGCUGGAGAGCAGCAAGAAGGAGGAGCCGCGCGGCGGGGGCGACAGCGGGGGCGGCGGCGGCGGGGGUGGCCGCAGCGGGGGGCGGCCGAACCCGGGUCCCCCCAGGGCGGCCGGGACCGGCGUGGGCUCCCUGGCCAACAGCUCGGUGGCGAAGUCGCACAGCUUCUUCUCCCUGCUGAAGAAGAACGGGCGAUCGGAGAACGGCAAGGGCGAGCCGGCGGACGCGAGCAAGGCUGGCGGCAAACAAAAGAGAGGGCUGAAGGGGCUCUUCAGCAGCAUGCGCUGGCACAAGAAGGACAAGCGGGCCAAGGCGGAGGCGAAGGGCGAGCGCGCGGGGGCCCCGGGCGGCCUCAUCCUGCCGGGCUCGCUCACCGCCAGCCUGGAGUGCGUCAAGGAGGAAACGCCCGGACCCGCCGGCGAGCCGGAGAAGCCCUGCAGGGACGCGCCGCGAGACCCAGCAGGUGAGCUCGGAGGGGGAGAGCCGGGGCCGGCCUCCGCCGAUAGCGCCCACGUGCCGGACCGCCGAGAGGCCCACAGCCCCGGGGUCCCUAAGGCCGAAAGCGCCCGGGGAGAGGACGCCGCGGGGCAUCCGCGCGCCGAGAAGCCCCGGGCACCCCCCGAGCUGGGCGCUGGGGAGGUCCAGACGGCCGAGGAUGCCUCCAGGACAGGUGACGUUCCGGUAAAGACCGUGCCCCUUGUCGACUCGGAAUGCGGCAGCGGCCGAGCGGCGGCCGUCCCUGACCCUUCCUCUGUUGAUCCACCCUCAGACCCAUCGGCCGAUCGUAUUUGUUUGAUGUUUUCUGACGUGACUUCACUGAAAAGCUUUGACUCUCUUACAGGCUGUGGAGAUAUUAUUGCAGACCAAGAGGACGAGGCAGGUCCCAGCUGUGACAAGCAUGCCCCCGGGCCAGGCAAACCAGUUCUCUCUAAAAAGAACCCCGGCGUGGUGGCCUACCAAGGAGGAGGGGAGGAGAUGGCGAGCCCGGAGGAGCUGGACGACACCUAUCUCCAGGAAUUCUGGGACAUGCUCUCCCAGACUGAGGACCAAGGACCAGGGCCCCAAGAGGGAGCGGCCAAGGCGGCGGCAGCCCUGGAAACCAAGGUGGUGGCCGAGACGUCCAAAGACGCCAGGUGUGCGGAAGGGGCCAAGGACGUGUCCUUGGGCAAGCACAAGAGGCUCAACCGGAUUCCCAUCGAGCUCCAUCCCAAGGAGGAGCCUAAACAGCCCGAGAAGGAGCAGCAGGAAGGCAUCCCCAAUAGUGACGAGGGCUACUGGGAUUCCACCACUCCGGGCCCGGAGGAAGACAGCGCGGGCAGCUGCAAAAAGGCGGGCAUCCCCCGGGAUAGCUACAGCGGAGACGCGCUCUACGAUCUCUACGCAGAUCCGGAUGGAAGCCCGGCCGUCGUUGCCGCCAACGAGGAGACAUCCUGCUUGUCCCGGUUAAAGCCUGUGUCUCCAGUCACCAUCACCUGUCCACUGCGAACACCAGGCAGUUUGCUGAAGGACUCUAAAAUCCCUAUCAGCAUCAAGCACCUCGCGAACCUUCCAUCCAGCCAUCCCGUAGUGCACCAGCAACCAGUCAGGAGUGAGAUGCCCAGAACAAAAAUCCCAGUUUCCAAAGUGCUGGUCCGCAGGGUCAGCAACCGGGGUUUGGCUGGGACCACCCUCCGGGCAGCGGCGUGCCAUGACAGUGCCAAAAAGUUGUGAGGUCUCCGAAGCCAAGGUGGACGGACCCCAUGUCAAGGAAUACAACUUUCCCUGGAAACCACUCAAAAAGUUUUGCUUCUCCUAAAGAAAGGCUUUUAGGACCAUCCCAGCUCCAGAGCCUAGACCGAGGAGGUCUCUGUGCCGCCAGCAGGGGCAGGAUACACCAGAGAGGGGGUGCUACACAUGGGAUUCUCCUCUCCAGAUAAGUUCCCUGAGAAUUAUUUUCAAGCACUUUUAGUUUUUUAACUUUAAAA